AUGUUCAACGCGCAUGAGUGCAUCCCGUCUACAUCGUCGUCGUCAGCGAAUUCCGGCAAACUGCUUAUCGAUAAUGACCGGUAUUGUGUGCGGUCCGCACCGUGCACCAUGUACAAGGAGCAUUUGUAUAGAACCACAACUCAUCCCGGUGGCCCAGAAGCGACUGCAGUCUACGAUGUACCUAAAAGCUCAUUACCGAGGACAAAUCCUCACUGUACUGGGCGCAGUCUGGGAGUCUCCAGCGCUGUUGCAAAGCCAGCAUUAGUGGAUGUCAGUAACAAUGGCGAUGAUAAUCAAAUCUUGAUGGCCGUCCCAGUUAGGUCUUCGCAUGGCGUCACCACUGUUGAUGGUGGCAAUGAAGAAGUGCGAGAAUGUAGUACAAAAUGGUGUUAUACGGAGCAGCGACCAAGUGCUGGAGCAAAACAGUGGACGAGGAUGGAUUCGCGUAGUCUCAGUCAGCAGGAGAUAAUCGAGCAGCAGAAACGUGAAAUUCGCCGACUGAUGAAAGAAAAUGAGGAACUCAAACGUUGUGUUGCAGCGCAAAAGCUUGCCGCUCACAGACAACCAGCAAGCGACACAAAAAAUGCUAACUCUCAACCGGUGGCUGAUAGUGGUGCAUCGGACGAUAGCUACGAUUCGUUCAGCUCAUCAAACGAGCUUCAAAUGUCCAGUACCAAAGCAAUCACUCAUUGUUAA